CGAUCUUACAUUCUUUCUCUUCUUCCUUUCUUUCUCCACAUUUUUCUCUCCAAUCCGCUCCACACACUAGCUAAUAACCGAUCACACCGCCGCCAUGCGUUUCUCAACCGCCACAACCAUCGUCGCCGUCUCGACUUUGGCCCUCCUCUCUUCAAGGUCAAGCUCCUCCUACCAAGUCUCUGCCGCCCUGACCUCCCAAGAGCGCGCCGCCCUUGAAUUAAAAGACCCCAGUCCAAACUUCUGCGCACCCUGUCUUCAAAAGGCCAUGCACAACCACUUCCCUCACGCCUGCGCCGCCGACUUCGAUUCUGAGGCCGCCAACUUCCGUCCUGAGGGUUCGACCGAUGAAGAAGAGCGCUGCGUCUGCGUCGCUUAUCAAGAUCUCUACUGGAUGAAGGCCGAUUGCUCGCAAGAGUGUCCCUAUGUCCACAACAACAAGACCAUGUCCUUCUUCUUGCCCGCGGAAAAGAUCGAAGGUUGUGACAAGUGGAUCGACUUUGAACAGCAUAAGGAAAAAGUCAUCGAGGGCUGGCCCACCAAGAGCCCCGAUCACAAGCCAGAAGUCUUUGAGAUCGUAACACCCGCGCCCGAUGAGGCCCUCGAUGUCGAUGAGGACGAGGCUGCAAGGGAUUACACGAUCUCGGUUUCGAUCACGACCAAGGAGGACGAUGAGAAGAAGGCAAAGGCCAAGCUGGAGCUUGAGAGUGGGAUGAAGAAUGAGAUCAAGAAGGACGACGACAUCAAGGCAACGCCCGAGGAGGAGAAUAAGAAGGACGAGCUCUAAAGAGAGACUCAACCACUACCACCACGCGGCGCCUUCUCCUUUAGUAACUAAUAAAGAUCUCGACACACAAGCAUCCUCGC